GGCUCUGGGAGGGGGCACAGCUGGCUCAGGGUGACACUGUCCCAAGUGCCUGGCUCUGGGCAAUGCUGUCAGUGCAGCCAGGGAAGGAGCUGCAUCUCCCUUCAUCCACUGCCAGCAUAAGGACACUUGGAAGUGUCCCUGAGAUUCAGUCCAAGCUGGGAGCUUCAAUCCAGGAUGCAAAGGUGUCGUAGAGUUUCUCUGAGUUAUAAGUCUAAUGGGGAAAGGCAGAUGUGUUCUGACAGUGAAAAUGCUGUUGGGGUGGUGAAAUGUGCAAUGUGAGUCCCUGUCUACAAAUGUGGAGCUGGGCUGUGGUGGAUUCAUCUGCUCUCAGCAGUAAAUCUGGGGCUUUUUUAGGGAAAACAUGGGAAGCAGAUACACCUCCACCUGAGAAAAGUUAAAGCCCAGAGAAACUGAACAGGUUGGAAUGACAGACCAUCUCCCCUCAGUCUCCAUUCAUCACUUUACCUCUCAGAACUUGCUCUGUUCCCCCUGAGGGCAGCAGAAAUGCUCAGGGUUUCUGAUAUACAAGAACACCUGGACAGAUAUGGGGGACUUAAAGAGAAAAUCCCAGAACGCUUGAAUAAAAAAGAGUGUCUGUGUGUUCCAGGGGAGGGGGUAUGGGAAAUGCCUUUGAUUUUGGUUACAGGUAUCUCCUCUAACUCUUCACUGUCCUUUUCUCUACAGCAGUACCCAAAGCUCAGCCUCAGCAAAUGUCCAACAGCAGCUCCAUCAGCCACUUCCUCCUGCUGGCAUUGGCAGACACGCGGCAGCUGCAGCUCCUGCACUUCUGCCUCUUGCUGGGCAUCUCCCUGGCUGCCCUCCUGGGCAACGGCCUCAUCAUCAGCGCCAUAGCCUGUGGCUACCACCUGCACAUGCCCAUGUUCUUCUUUCUGCUCAACCUGGCCCUCAGCGACCUGGGCUCCAUCUGCACCACUGUCCCCAAAGCCAUGCACAAUUCCCUCUGGGACACCAUGACAAUCUCUUACAAAGGAUGUGCUGCACAGCUCUUUUUUUUGUAUUUCUUCUUGUCAGCAGAGUAUUUCCUCCUGACAAUCAUGUGCUACGACCGCUACGUGUCCAUCUGCAAACCCCUGCACUACGGCACCCUCCUGGGCAGCAGAGCUUGUGCCCACAUGGCAGCAGCUGCCUGGGCCAGUGCCUUUCUCUAUUCACUGCUGCACACAACCAAUACAUUUUCCCUGCCCCUGUGCCAUGGCAAUGCCCUGGGCCAAUUCUUCUGUGAAAUCCCCCCCCUCCUCAAGCUCUCCUGCUCCAAAUCCUACCUCAGGGAAGUUGGGCUCAUUGCAGUUAGUGUCUGUUUGCUAUUUGGCUGUUUUGUGUUCAUUGUUUUCUCCUAUGUGCAAAUCUUCAGGGCCGUGCUGAGGAUCCCCUCUGAGCAGGGACGGCACAAAGCCUUUUCCACCUGCCUCCCUCACCUGGCUGUCAUCUCUCUGUUCCUCAGCACUGCCACAUUUGCUCACCUGAAGCCUCCCUCCAUCUCCUCCCCGCCCUUGGAUCUGGUGGUGUCAGUUCUGUACUCGGUGGUGCCUCCAGCCCUGAACCCCCUCAUCUACAGCCUGAGGAACCAGGAGCUCAAGGAUGCCCUGAGAAAAAUAAUGACUCUUUCUUUUCAGAAGCAAUAAACUCUCUUUUUUCUUCUCAGAACCAUGUGAAUGUAACUCUUUACAAUCUUGGCCUUUUUUUUCCUGUUUGUCCGUUUUGUCAUUGGGACCCUUUCUUAUUAUUUUUCUGGUGUCAUAAUGUCUUUUAUAAAUUACUAGAAUACUACUCUUAGCAUUUUUACAUGCACGUCUGCUUUUCUUUUGCAACACAAAGACUUUGAGGAGGCUUGUUCCCUCUGCAUUUGAAUAAAAGCCAGUGUCUACCCUGA